AUGUACGACUAUGGCCUGGUGGGCCGCGGCUUCCCUGAAGUGACCUUGAGCCCUGACUUGUCGGUGCCGUGGAAGACGCACUGCGGGGUUCACAUCUCGGUGAAGGCAGCACGCAUCCAGCGCUGGUACCGCCAGCUCGUGCUGCCGCAGCCGCUGCCAUCUCGAGAAAGGCCUUGCGCGGCCGCUGACCCAGACAGCAAGACGUCGAAGCGCAAGGCGGCCGCACGUGAGCGCAAGGUACAGCAACUUCCGUCUGACAUGCAGGACUUGUUCGGUGAUUUCUUUGGGCCCAUGGAGGGGCCAGAUGGCAUGACGUCCUUUGGGGGCCCCCAGAGCACGCACUGCUCGCCUCCCAGGCCCGCUGGGCCAUCGGGGGUUGAGGGUACCGACUCUGGGGGCAGUCGAUCUGAUGUCGGCAGCGAGGUGGCUUUUGCUAUUGCGGCUGAGACUUGGGACGAGGCUAUGACUCAGAUCUACUGGGAAGGUGUCCCUGAACCGCAUGGUCAGGCCCCGUCUGGGUUCCUGGGCCAUCAUGCCCCCUACGAUUCUGCACGUCACUUCGCCUUCCGCUGGCAGGCUAGGGGCCGUGAGCGGGUCGAUGCUUUGCACAACCAUUGGGUCACGGUCAUGGAGAGGGCCGUGCUCCUGCAUGAGAAGGUUGACUCUGACAAGUGGAAGCAGUACUCAGGCCGUGCUCGUGGCCCUGCCUGUUGUUGGAAGCUGGUACGGUCGACUCCUGGACGUGCCCACAUGCGCAACGAGCAGGCUGAGUGGUGGGGCCUUGUCAGCACGCUGGUCACGCGCUACGUGGCCCUGGUGAGGAAUGCUUCUGACCCGCACCAGGCGGCCCAGUGCGUCGUGAAGGCGCGUCAGUUGAUCGAGCAGCUGGACGGCAAGUCGGACGAGCUGUACUUUGGCAAGAAGCAGGACCCCCAGGAGGUCUUCGUCUGGAAGGGCAUGGUGCUCAGCCUCGAUCUGGUCGAUGCUGCUGCCUUGCCUGAGCUUUUGGAGAGAACUCGCAGGUGGGCUGACCUGUCAAACGCUCGGGCCAUGAUGGCCUCCAGGUCCGCCUUCAUGAACUGGGUCCAGGAGACGUGGUCCGCUAAACCUGGGGCCGUCCACAGGCAUGUGAAACCAGCGGAGGCCCCAGCUUGGGAAAGUAAGGACUCCUGGGGCACCGUCACUUCGGACAACCAGGCUAUGCUUCAAGGUCUGGCGAAGGAGUGGCAGGCGAUGUGGACCGACCCAGUCGACUCGCCUGAGGACGUGCUGGCUAUGAUGCAGAAGUGUUUCGAUGCUGCCAGGGAGGACCCCCUGCCCGCCAUCACGCUGCUGGACCUGGAUGCUGUGUUGCCGAGGAUCCCUGCGAGGAAGGCCAAGGGCGUGGAUUCGCUGAGCCCGUUGGAUAUCCAACGGCUACCUGAUGCAGCUCGUCAGGCCUUCGUGGACACCUUGAACGCUAUCGAGGCAGCAGGGGCGAGGCUCAGACAACGUAAGGUGAUGAAGGUCAGGCGUCUGGCUAAGCUGCGCUUCGUGACGAAGAAGCUCUGGUCGUCAGGCGUGUACCCAGCGUCCGUCUUCGGUCAUCAGUUGAUGGGAACCCCUCCCACUACGCUGCUGGCCAUGCGUCGUGACGCAGCUGCUGCGGUGGCUGGAGCAAAGCGGGGACGGUGCCUGACUACCGUGCUGCAGGCGAUCUACGGCACUGCUGAGCCUGGUGUGGAUUUACGCCGUCAGUUACUGCGUGAAUGGGUGGCCUUGUGGUUGACACAGCCCGGCCUGCACCCACGUAUCUGCAAGGUAUGGCCCAUGGUGCUGGCGAGGCUCAAGCGGGGCAAGGCCGUCUGCUGGAAGGAUGUUCGUGGUCCGAUUGCUGCACUGCAAGCGACAUUGUUGCAAGUGGGUUGGGAUCCCCAGUCGCCGUUGGUGUGGUCUCGGCCCUUAGCAGACGGCACGAUCGAUGAUUGGAUCUUCCCCUCCUUCGGUGAUGAGCAGUUCGGCGCGGCGGUACUGGCCCAUUUUGAUGAUAUGCUGGGCGCUUUCAUGGAUGAUUGUGUCGCGCAGCAGUGGCAGUCAGCGGCUCAUCAUGCGGCGGGCGACGACCUGGCGGGCGGCGCCGACUUGACGACCGUGUCCAUUGAGCUGAACCGCUUCGCCAAGAGGUUGCAGUUUGACGAGUGGUCGGCGGAUGUCGCCGUGGUGAGCGGCGGCCAGUGGACUCGUGAGAGGCAGCUCGCUGCAGGCUAUGCUUGUCCGUUGCUGUGCCCCCGCUGCAAAGAGAUGCCUGAGACUUUAGCGCACCGUAUUUGGACGUGCUCUGCUAAUUGCGGGCACGAGGACUUUUCAAAGACUGAUUUUCUGGUUCCCCAAGCCCUCGCCAGCCUGGACGCGCAGCCCGCGUUAUGGCUUCGAGGAGUCCCCUCGAAGGACCUUGUGGUGCCCAAGUUUGUGGAGAGCUCGGAGGCGGCCCAAAAG